AUGGGGGCGACCCGGCCCUUCGCCGUGGACAAGACACAGGGUGUGCGGGCACAGGGUCUGAGAGGGCCCAACUCGGCACGCCCCAGAGGGAGCGGCGUGCAGCCGGCGGCGGGGUUUCGUCUGCACCGCCGGUUUCAGGCCGAGUCCAACCAUGCUCACCCUGUGCUGGAGAAAGUCCCGCAUGAGAUACCGGAACUCCUGAACAUACUGUACGUGAAAGGACCAUCAGCUGAGGGGAUAUUCGGACCAGCUGCCAGCAAGAAAGCACACCGGGAGCUGAAGGAGGCCCUAGACACAGGAGGGGAUGUUGACCGGGAAAGCCAAACUGUGCACCUGCUGGCAGUGAUUGUGAAGGACUUAUUCCGAAACAUCCCCUUGAAACUCUUGCUGGCUGACCUCUAUCAAGACUGGAUGUGACCCUUGGAGAAGCUGAGCAAGGAGGAGAGAUUGGAAGAACUGAGGGAGGUGGCUGACAAAUUGCCUAGAGCCAAUCUCCUCAUCCUCAAGUGGUUGCUGUCUGUGCUGCACUGCAUCAGGCAAAACUCGUUAACAAGCAGGAUGGACUCCAGCAAUCUUACCAUCUGCAUUGGACCAAAUAUGUUGAGCGAGGAGAACCUGCUCCCGCUGGAGGUGCUGAUGGAGGUGAAAGUGCUGGUGGAGUUCCUUAUUAACAACUGCAUGGAAGUAUUUGGAAAGGAGAUCACUUGCCUGCUAAAUCCCUCAGUUGAGGAGUCACCAGUGCCCAUAGACAGCUCCACAGGUGAGCUGAAACCUGAUGGUCUAGACUCUGACUUCUGA